AUGAAUUCACUACCCACGCUCCCACUCAAUGUUGUUACCUUGGCGUGCUUUUUCUUUCCCCAUUCUGCGAUAUCUAAGGCCCUCCAAGCGGUCGUUCUUUCUAGGAAAUCAUCCACCAUCCAACACCGCACUCGGAUACCACCACAACCCCUGAAACCAACCAAGCUCUCAGCUAAUAAGACACUCAAAACGUCAACAACUCCCACUUUCGAGUUCUUCCGCGACUUUCCCGGAGAAAUCCGCAACAAAAUCUACGACUACGCCCUUGUUGACCCUGAAGUCAUGGAAAUCACUCUCCCUGGCCCAACCGAUCUCCUAAAGGCGACGGGAACAACCACUACCAUCAACGCCUCCGCCCUCAAAGCCUUCAGCGCGAACAAACAGCUCUACGACGAGGCGCCCACUCUCUUCUUCCGAGACAACCGCUUCCGCAUCAUCGAACACAGCCCCGAAUCGCGCCCGCACGCCGCCACCCGCGCCCUCUUAGCCCAAAUCGGCCGCCGCGGCCGCGAACAACUCCACCGCCUCGAGAUCCGCGCCGCCCGGCACCGCCAUCUGCGAGCUCGACCUCCGUGGCUCUGUCAUCAGACGUCGACGCCGGCUUUCUCCCGAGAACGUAUAACGGCAUGCUCCGGCGCGUCGUCAACUUGCUGA